AUGGCUGUUAUCGUCGCCAAUCUUUAUCAACAAGCAACAAUGUGUACAACUGAAAAACAUCGUGCACCACGUUGGUUAACAAAAUUAGCACUUACAUAUCUACCACCAAUUCUUCGUAUGCAAGAUAAAGUCAAAACUGUGCUUAGUCAAAAACUAAAAAUGCACGCAAAUAUGAAAAUAACUCGAAAUUCCUCAUGGGAAAAUUGGGGUUUACAUGGUUUUAUAUUUGGAUUAAUACUUUCAUUUGUUGGUAUAUUAACACAAAUUCUUGAAUUUCCUCGUGUAUAUAAUGGUGCAAUAAAUGUUGAUGUAACUACUAAUGUGACUGGUGAUCUUUAUACAAUAUCAAAUUAUUAUCAACAUUUUUGGCCAUGGACAUAUCCAGCUAGUCUUUUUGGUCUUUUUACAUUUUUAACAGGUGUUAUUGGUGUAUUAGCUGGUAUAAGACGAACAUAUAGUUCGAUUUAUGGUCUAUUUACAAUGAGUGUUGUAUCAGCAUUAUUUGCUAUUUAUUUAAUUGUUUAUUUUUCAUUUAUUAUUUCAUUUUAUCGAACACUUCAUAUGGAUAGUGCAAAGAAUCGUACACAACCUGAAACAGUUUCAUAUGCACUUGCUAGUACACAAUUAACAGUUGCAAUAUUAAAUGUUAUAACUAGUAUAUUAUCAGCUAUUUUUGCUGGUCGAGCUAUUGCACUUUGUGUAAACAAAGGUGUUAAAUCUGAUGAUGUUUAUAUGAAUAUGGCAACACCAGGACCUCAAAGACCUGAAGACUCAACCGCAUCACAUGGUCUUUCUUGUGAACCAACUCCAUUACCAUUGGCAACCAAUAAAAAUGAAGUUGAUGUUAAUUAUGAAAAUAUGAUUGAGAAUUUACUUUUACAACAAGUUUUAUUAUAUACGCAUGAUCAUCAAAAUCCAUCACAUUAUUCUCGUGUACAUCAUACACGUUCAACAACAACAGCAACAAGUUCAUUAUUAAUACGACAACAAACAAGAUAUCCAUAUAAUCAUAAUGAUGAACAUUUAGUAUUAACUUCAUCAAAACAGAGAAAUAAUCAUGAUGAAGAAGCAACAAUAUGUGUUGUAGAAUCUAAUCAAGAAACUUCAAGUAGUUUAAUUGAAAAUAUUCUUUAUCAUUAUAAUCAACGUAAUGAUCCAUCUACACGUUUUGAUCAAAAUUUAUUAGAUUUACUUGUUAAAAGAAAUCGUGACAAACAAAAAUCAUCA